ACAUAAUUCCCAAUCUCCGCCUCCUACCGUACUCCUUCCCAUUUUGAAAUACAACCCUCCUCCACGGCUCGACUGCUAACCCCAGGUUCCUCGCUAUUGAACUGGUGAGUUCUCUCCCUCAAAAUCACACCAAAAAUUUGUCUUCACUUCUUUCCACAGCAGCGGCAUUAGUUGCUCCAAAUUGCGUUAACAUUCUUCGUUUGUGAGUUGAGAGGAAAGAGCCAUGAAUGCCCCUGAUCGUUAUGAGCGCUUUGUGGUUCCUGAAGGCACAAAGAAGGUUUCCUAUGAAAGGGACACAAAGAUCAUAAAUGCAGCUUCCUUCACUAUAGAAAGAGAAGAUCACACUAUUGGAAACAUCGUUCGCAUGCAGUUGCAUAGGGAUGGGAAUGUUCUGUUUGCUGGUUACAAGCUUCCUCACCCUCUUCAGUACAAAAUCAUUGUUCGGGUUCACACAAGUAGCCAGUCUUCACCAAUGCAGGCUUAUAAUCUAGCCAUCAAUGAUCUGGACAAAGAACUUGAUCAUCUGAAGGCAGCAUUUGAGGCGGAGGUUGCAAGGGUUUCUGGGGAGUACUAAUUGGGUUGAUGGCAUAUAAACUAUCUUAUUUUGGUUUGUUACUUUGAUGUUUAACUGCAAGAAAUUGGUGCUUUUCUUUGAUCAAUUCGCCCUAUGUAGGAUGUAAGUCAGAAAGUGGUAUCGUUUUGGUGUCAAUAGUGAAUGCCUUUAUGUGCAAAAAGUUUAAAACUUGUAACUUUUCCUUUUGAUCUAUUGAUGCCAAUAUGUGCUUUAAAGGAUGUGUUUGUUACA